UGUCAGCUCUACGGCAGGGGGAGAUACAAUCGAAGACGAUUAUACGGCAGCCGUAAUCACAGGCUGAAAAUCGGGGAUUGUCGUGGCGGUUGGGUCUACGUCGACGGACGGAAAAGCACAAAUCGGUAGCACUACAUCGGAAGUGGUAGAGGGGAUGCUCGAACUCGAAGGUACUACACCGUCGGAUCCGGUGGGCUGGACGUCUGCAGUCGAAGGUACAACGCCGGCCGGUGCGACGGACUGGAAGCCAGAAGUCGCAGGUACAACGCCGGCCGAUGCGACGGACUGGAAGCCAGAAGUCGCACUCGCACUCGUGCCCGUUCCUGCACUCUGGAAAAGGGAAGGGGUGGCCGCAACAAAUCCUGUGCCAAUGCUAGGCGGGGACGCUUGGGCAGACACACGGGGAGGGGCAUCGGGGCUAGAGGUCACAGCACGACCACAGUAAUCCUGGGGCAAUCGCGUAGCCCAGAGCGAGCAUCCUACGUCAGAGUAUGCGAAGGAAAGUCUACCAUCAAAGAGAUGUACACCUGUCUCGUCAAGGACGAUCCGUUGCUUACGCUGCGUGUGGUGCAACGGAAACAAAUUGAAAGUGAUUCCGGGUACAACGUACACGUCCGACAUUUGCACGCAAAAAUCAAGCUCUCCUCCCUGGUCUUGCAUGUGGAAAGCCAUGUUGACCUUCCCCACACAUUGUACGCGCAAAUAGGCACCGUUGCCAACCUGAAUGUACUCUUUGCCUGUCGGCACUGGCCUCAAGUCGAACAUUUGAUGACUACUGCUCACAAAAGUGUUCGUCGCACCGCUGUCGGCCCAAAACUUCUCUCUACCAAAACGGGAAAGCGGGUUCUGCGCAGAUAAAGCAAAUCCAUUACCACUC